GGAUUUUUCAGCCUCGGCUUACUGUACGUCGCCAUGCACCAGAGCUUCGUAUGAGAACUGACGUAGAUCGCAGCACCACUGUCACCUCUAUCCUCCGGCUGUAUCUUCUCAUCCAGAUUCAAGGCAGCGAAGACCUUACCUGGGACGCCGCGCCGGCCAAUAUCACUUCGUACGUUUCGCGGAAGUACAACCUGCAAUACUCACUGACGGACAAAAGCUUUCUCGAAGUCAACCUCCUUCUAAUCUGCGCUUGUGUGCCCGCUGUGCGCCAAUUCUUCAGGGCCCACAAGCCCGACUCCUCUAUAGUGAAUCGAUCCACCUUCACAAACCGAGCCUCGGGGACAAGACGGUCACAUCUGCAACGCUCGAGUCAAGUUCAAUUGCGCGAGUCCCAGGAUUCCAUUGUAGAAUUGGGAAUCAUUGCCCCGAGAAGUCAAUCAAGCGGCGCAGAUAGUGCAGGAGCUGAUAGCGCUUGGAGCGAGCCGGUACAGGAGAAAAAGGUCUCUAGCGCAUCUCUGUAUAUCUGAUAGCAUCAGGCGACAGUAGGGGCUUGAGAUAGCAAACAGGUGCGAGCUUGUCUCUCUGCUGAAUUACCAACGGUCUUUGACCCAAAUUUACCGCCAGAUCACAUCUAUGAUUACUCGGAAAUGUCUCAUCGGUCCUCUCCUUGAUUGAGCGAUAUGAAAGUAGCCAGGCGGAGCCAGACUCCCUAUCUGGGCAGGCCGGCCGGGAAAGGGUAGAUUGCAUGACUCCCGAACCCAGGCCUGCCGGCCGCUGCACGUAUGCCACCAUUCGGCUUACCCGGUUUCGCUAGCGUCUACCCCGAAUGGCCUGACAACGUGAGCAAUACCCCGCUCCUGUGCAAUAGAGCCAUGGUAUUGCACCCCAGGUGCGAGAGCCGGGCUACCCAUCACCAGAGUCUACAGUGGCUGUCCCAGACCUCGUAUCCUCAACAUGGCCAACCCUCCUCUGUGUUCAGGCGGUGAGCGAUCGUGAGCACUUCAGCUAGAUGCCUACGACUGGGUACGGGAGGAUUUGCGAAGUCGUGAGUAUAAAAACCCGACUCUUUCCCCGUCACUUCGGACCUCUACAAUCAAUCACGGUCUCCUUCUUCCGCAUAUCUCGAGCAACUAUGCAAAUCUUUUAUCUCGCGGUCGCAUUCAUCCUAGCGGCUACCGCCAUCGAAUCAGCCGCCGUUGAACGCUCUGAAUUCAAAUGUUGUCUCGCUCUCCUGAAAGACGAUGCACUUUCUGGAAAGGUUUUGACUCCGUGCAACGAGAAUUUCCACCAUCGCUUGGAGUCGUACUACUCCGCCAAUGCGGCUGAGCCACCUCGCUGUAUGGUGUUGCCUCAGACUUCUGAAGACGUCGCCAGGACCAUCCAGAUCAUAUCUGCUCGAAAUUGUUCCUUUGGGAUGAGAAGCGGGGCCCACUCGGCGUUUAGCGGUUCGAACGGGCUCAAGGAUGGCAUCACAGUUGAUUUCGGCUACAUGAACUCGACCGAAUAUGACCCGACCACCGGCAUCGCUUCCGUCCGCCCAGGCUCGAACUGGGGCGAUGUAUACUCCGCUCUGGAUCCUUUCGGUGUCACGGCUGUUGGAGGACGAGCUUCUGUCGUCGGGGUUGGGGGUUUUACCACGGGCGGUGGGUACUCUUUCCACAGCAACAGGAGAGGAUUCGCUUGCGAUAAUGUUGUCAACUUCGAGGUUGUUCUCGCCAAUGGUACCAUUGUCAGCGCCAACGCGCACGAGAACUCCGGUCUCUGGAAAGCUCUCAAGGGGGGCUCGGGAAACUUUGGUUUCGUCACACGGGUUGAUGUCGAGGUCGUCCGUUCGACCCAGAUAUGGGGUGGGAUCACAACCUACGACCUGAGCAAGACAGAUGACGUGGUCAACGCUUACGUCAAGUUCGUCAACACCAUGGACGAAGACCCGGCCAGCCAGGCCAUCGUGACUCUGCUGUAUGGCCAGCAGGGGCUGAGCCUCGUCGCAGUGUUAACGAACAGUGACGCGAAAAGUUCCGCGCCCGCCUUCCGAGAAUUUGCCAGAAUUGCCAACGUUUCAAGCACAGCUCGCGUCGGAUCUGUCACAGAGAUGGUUCCUGAGUUCACCGGACCAACUCCCCUAGGACUCUACGCCAAUUGGAGGACCGGCAUGACCUCACACAGCGCCCUUAUUAUGGAAUUUGUUCUUGGUAUCGUGCCAGAAUACACGAAGAAAAUGCAUCUCGCAGCUUCAGACUCCAACUUCGAGCUUCUCACUCAAUUCCAGCCUGUGACCAAGUCGAUGGUGGCCCAUGGCGAUGAACGAGGCGGCAACGUCCUCGGCCUUGGGAGAGUGAUCGCAGACGGUCCGGCUCUCAUGUGGCUCCUAGCACUCACGGUAGAUACCGCAGAGAACCAGGAGUUGAUCUGGCCUCUCUUACUCGAACUAGAGAGUGCCAUCAACGAGUUUGCUUGUAAGGAGGGACUUCAAAAGGACUGGGAGUUUUUGAACUACAGCGGCCUUAAUCAGACGCCAUUUCUGCACUAUGGCGAGGAAACGGUUCACUUCCUGAGGAGCGUUUCGUUGGAAUAUGACCCAGGCAGAGUUUUCCAGGACCUUCGGAAGACGGGCUUUCGGAUCCCUGUUUGAGUCCUAAAUACAAUCAACGAGCUCGAUAUGAAGGAAGUAAGGACGGCCACUAGAAUUCGAAAUAUGCAAAUGUCAAGAAGCGAAUAAUCUCUAGCAUGGAUUUUGAGGGAAAACAUGAUAACCAUAGACGAUAGACACGUAGCGCCCAGGUACAAUUCGUUGUGACGUAUUGAUCUCGCGUCCUCUGCCAAGAGAUGCGUACGCAAUGGUAUCGUCCGAUUGACAUCAGGGUA